AUGCCGUCAUCCACCACCACAAGCCCUGACUCCAUUUUCUCCGAUGAGUCCAGUUUCUACGGUGACGCCGAUGAACAAGCCCGUCUGGAAGAGCUAGUAGCUACCUACGAUCCAGAACCCUACUGGUCAGAUACACACCCCUACCAGCUCUCCACGCGUCAGUACGAGCAAUACGCUGCGAAGAAUCCACCACCAACCAAGAAAGAGCCUCUCCCCUCCACCAAAUCCCCACAAUACCUACCGCCCAACCGCCGCGGAGCAAACGAAUCAGUCCCACACUUCCUCUCGCGGCUCCCGCCGUCCACUACCCAAGUCGGCGAAACGGGCCCGUGGAUCUGGGCAUACGGGGAUCCAUCAACACGCAAGACAGAGGAUUGCGACUCAUCCGAGCUCGUCCGGCGGGGCACGGAGCUGCUACGCGAAUACGAAGACGAAAGCGCCUCGCUGCGCGCCGCGCUCGAUGCCUCCGGCGCGAAGACGACCGCGCCACUCACGCGGAAAUUGAAUGUUCUCCGACGAGGGCUGGAAACGAAUAUCGCCUCCGUGGCGCGAGAGACAAGGACGCUGUGCGGGAAGUGGAUGCUUUUCCCUACUGUGGACCGGGUGGAUUCCGUUUGGAGUACUGUGGUCCAGGCCAUGGAGGACGGUCGACUAGGCGAUACUGCCAAGGUUGCGCCAGAUGAUGGAAGCGGUGGAGGGCAGGCGCGCUUGAUUUGUGUGUAUACGGCGAAUUACGAGGAUAAGGAGGAUGUGAAGCGCGUGCUGAAUGGAUUGGUGGAUGUAGGGUUGGUUAAUGUGGAUCAAAGACCGAUUUACUACAAGUGCGAUGCAUAUACGUUGCUGGAUAUCAAGUCGAAGAAUGACUUUGGGCUGAAGGCGAGUUUGUUUUCCAGUCGGGAUGUGCUUUCAGGGAAGAUUUGA